AUGCCCGCCCCUACAAACGGUCGCUCCAAGGGAGCUAAGAAUUCCACCUCCUUGACAGUGGUGCUGAAGCUGUCUGCCAGCGCCCUCCAACGGUUCGAGAAGAACCAAAAUACCCCCGACAUCAAGGGCCAAGAGCAGCCCUCGCCGACUUCAUCUACCGAGAUCCCCGCUGUCCGACCCUCAUCCGCCGACAAUGGCUCCGACGAUGCGAACUCGACACCCGUCACGGGGGCAACUCCAGGCGACACUCCACGCCGGAAGGGAGUUCCGGGUCCUAAGCCCGGCAACAAGAGAACAAACGGUCAAACCGAACCCGGUGCCAGGUCACGGGGACGCCCAGGCCCAAAGAAGAAGCCCAAGCUUGAGGAAGGAGGAGACACCGCGAAGCUCCCUGCUGCCCAGCGCCUCGGACCAAAAGCCAACACGGGAGCCAUCAAUGCCGGCCUGCGCGCCCUCGACCGUACCGGAGCUGCAUGCCGCAGGUGGGAGCGCAAGCCCCUGCAGCUGAGAAGCUUCACAGGUAUCUUGUGGCAGCUACCUUCAUGGCGCACGCCGGGUUCGGGCAAGUCCGACACCUUGAUUGACACCAAGGUAGCUGCCCUUGAGAGUGGUGACAGCGAUACCAAGCCCACGCUCACAGCCCCGGGCACCGACACACUCAACGGGAGCAGUGCCGUACCCAGCGAGAAGAGCAAUUCCGGAGACGGCGACGUCACCCCGGCUUCUCAUAUGGUUGAGCCUUCGUCGCCGGCUAUUGCGAUGGCGGUGUGA